CCCUGGAGGGAGGCGCUCUCCGCGGCAGGGGGCGGAGGGGGACGCCAGGGCGACUGGCGUUCUGCGCGCCUCGGCUUAGAGGCUGUGUGGAGGCCGCCGAGCGGCCCGGAGGACUCAGCCGCACCCGGGCAAGUCCGGCGUGGUUGAGACCCGGGCGCCUCGCGCACCCGAGAGCCGAACGAGAGGGGGAUCCUGGCCAUCAGGGCACCCGGGGAGUAACCGGGGUGCAGCCUCAGGGUCAGGCUCGGGGUUCUGGUGUGCUGCGCGAGGGAGCUUGUUUGUAGGUUCCCUGCCGGGUAGAGUUACACUCCGUGCCUUUGUACAGGGCGAGGAAGGAGCCGGCAUGGCCUGGGCUCUGAAGCUGCCGCUGGCGGACGAGGUGAUUGAGUCGGGGCUGGUGCAGGACUUUGAUGCCAGCCUGUCCGGCAUUGGCCAGGAGCUGGGCGCUGGUGCGUACAGCAUGAGUGAUGUCCUUGCACUGCCCAUUUUUAAGCAAGAAGAGUCCAGUCUGCCUCCUGACACUGAGAAUGAAAUCCUGCCGUUCCAGUAUGUUCUUUGCGCUGCCACCUCUCCAGCAGUGAAGCUCCACGAUGAGACCCUGACCUACCUCAAUCAAGGACAGUCUUAUGAAAUCCGAAUGCUAGACAAUAGAAAACUGGGAGAACUUCCAGAAAUCAAUGGCAAGUUGGUAAAGGUAAUGUUCCACGACAGGCGUCUGCAGUACACCGAGCACCAGCAGCUGGAAGGCUGGAGGUGGAACCGGCCUGGAGACAGGAUUCUCGACAUAGAUAUUCCAAUGUCUGUGGGUAUAAUUGAUCCCAGGGCCAAUCCUACCCAACUAAAUACAGUGGAGUUCCUGUGGGAUCCUGCGAAGAGGACGUCUGUGUUUAUUCAGGUACACUGCAUCAGCACAGAGUUCACUAUGAGGAAGCAUGGUGGAGAGAAGGGGGUGCCAUGAGUACAAAUUGAUACCUUCAAGGAAAAUGAGAAUGGGGAAUACACUGAGCACUUGCACUCAGCCAGCUGCCAGAUCAAAGUCUUCAAGCCUAAAGGUGCAGACAGAAAACAAAAAACUGAUAGAGAGAAAAUGGAGAAACGAACACCCCAUGAAAAAGAGAAAUAUCAACUUUCCUAUGAAACAACCAUACUCACAGAGUGUUCCCCAUGGCCUGAGAUCACCUAUGUCAACAAUUCCCCAUCACCUGGCUUCAACAGUUCCCAUAGCAGUUUCUCUCUUGGGGAAGGAAAUGGCUCACCAAACCACCAGCCAGAGCCACCUCCUCCAGUCACUGAUAACCUCUUGCCAACAACCACUCCUCAGGAAGCCCAACAGUGGUUGCAUCGAAACCGGUUUUCCACAUUCACCAGGCUCUUCACCAACUUCUCAGGGGCAGAUUUAUUGAAACUAACUAGAGAUGAUGUGAUCCAAAUCUGCGGCCCUGCAGAUGGAAUCAGACUUUUUAAUGCAUUAAAAGGCCGGAUGGUGCGUCCACGGCUAACCAUCUAUGUCUGUCAGGAAUCAUUGCAGUUGAGGGAGCAGCAGCAGCCACCACAACAGAAGCAGGAAGAUGGAGAUUCCAAUGGUACUUUCUUCGUGUACCAUGCUAUCUAUCUAGAAGAACUGACAGCUGUUGAAUUAACAGAAAAAAUUGCUCAACUUUUCAGUAUUUCUCCUCACCAGAUCAGCCAGAUUUACAAGCAAGGGCCAACAGGAAUCCAUGUGCUCAUCAGUGAUGAGAUGAUACAGAACUUUCAGGAAGAAGCCUGCUUUAUCCUGGACACAAUGAAAGCAGAAACCAGUGAUAGCUAUCACAUCAUUCUGAAGUAGGAGGAGCAUUCCACAUUUGCUGGCUGCUGCUUCCUUCCUCUUGACGACUGCCCUUUGAAGGGGACGUGAUCAGACAUUGAAGGUCUUCUGGAACCCAGCUUAUGUGAAUGUUGGGCAGGGGCAUGCUGGGUGACCAGGCCCUAAAGUGGAAUUCCAGCCCCCGGUAUUGGCCCAAGCAGUAUGGCACCCUCAGAUCCUGCCAGACAUGGAGUUGAGCAGCAAUCUGCUUAGUUCUGGUCCUUGUUGGAUACCAAUAUCCAACAAGGGUGUAGAGGGCAGGGGAAUGGCGUGAUGUUUAAUGGAAAGAGUUUAAUCUUGUGAUAGAGUUAUCAUUUUUCUUUUUUUUUUUUUGUUUUGUUUUCAUUUUGUUUUGUUUUUUGAGACAGGGUUCC